AUGUCUAUUGCCGAAAAGAAGGAAACCAGCACUGAUGUGACGCCUGGGGAUGGUGGGGCGUCGCCUUCCUCUAGUAGUAUCGCUGAAUUUGCGGGUAUCAAUGAGAAAUCGCUGCUUCGAAAGCUGGAUUUUCGUUUGCUUCCGCCCUUGACGCUUCUUUAUCUAUUGUCCUUUUUGGAUCGUAGCAAUGUUGGCAAUGCCCGGUUGGAAGGAAUGACGGACGAUAUCAAAAUGACCGGUGAUCAAUACUUGACCGGUCUUACCCUAUACUUUAUCGGAUACGUCUUAUUUGAAGUGCCAGCAAAUACGGUCUUAAAGUUGAGUAGACCGAGCAUCUGGCUACCGACUCUCACGCUGGUAUGGGGUGUCGUCGCAACCCUCUUAGGAGUGGUUCAGAACUACCCCGGCUUUCUAGCCUCUCGGUUCUUCCUUGGUGUUGCCGAAAGCGGUCUUUUCCCUGGCGUGGUGUUUUAUCUUUCCAUGUGGUAUAAGCGCAAUGAGCAGCAUUAUCGGGUUGCUCUGUUUUUCUCGGCAGCCUCGUUGGCUGGUGCCUUUGGCGGUAUACUUGCAUGGGGUAUCGCGCACAUGAAAGGUGUCGGUGGAUACAAUGGAUGGCGAUGGAUCUUUAUCUUGGAAGGACUUUUGACCAUCGUUGUGUCUGUUAUUGCAUACUUCUGGGUCCACAAUUAUCCUGCGACAGCCAAGUUCCUGACCAAGGAAGAGCGAGAAUACAUACAAUUCCGUCUGAAGAACGACAAUGACUCGACUCGUGAUGAGACCUUUUCGUGGUCAGCAGUCCUCGAUGCGUUCAAAGACCCAAAGGUGUGGCUAUAUGGCCUCGGUUUCCACUCGUUGAGCCUGCCACUAUACACCCUUUCUCUGUUCCUGCCAACAAUCAUCAAAGAACUUGGUUACAGUGCGGCGGAAGCUCAGCUGCUGACUGUACCGCCUUACGCUAUCGCAACUAUGAUGACCGUCGGCGUCGCCAUUCUCUCUGAGAAAACACAACGACGAGCCCCCUUCAUCAUGGGUUCAUCUACUCUAGCCAGUAUUGGUUACAUUAUCCUGCUCUCGUCACACCGAGCAGGAGUAAGCUAUGUGGGAACAAUCUUCGCCGCCGCCGGAAUCUAUCCUGCCGUUGCUAUCGUGCUAUCAUGGCCAGCAAAUAAUGUCUCGGGACAGACUAAGCGGUGCAUUGCCAAUGCCCUUCAAAUCUCCAUUGGCAAUCUCGGCGCAGUACUUGGGACCCAGCUGUAUCGGACUGAGACGAGCCCCAGAUUCUUCUUGGGACAUGGUUUUGCUCUUGGGUACUUGGUGGCUAAUAUUAUCAUCGUUGCGGUGACCUGGUGGGUUCUUAGACGGGCGAAUGCUAAAAAGGCAGUGGAAAGAGAGCAGAAGGGACUUCGCCCCUUGAUGGGUGAUGUUGGAGAUGCGGAAGGAGAGUUCCUUGGUGACCGUGACCCUCGCUGGGUAUUCCAGACCUGA